UUUCGCGGAAGCCCCGCGCGGAACGCAACCGUGCGACCGCGCAUCUACGGUAGCACGCCCCAGAGUCUGGACAGCGAGGGCGCGGAUGUGGAAAUGGCCGCCGCUCGUGAGAGAGGAGAAAGCUGCCUCCUAGAAGCGCCCGGCCAGCUCCCGCGACCACAGCCGCGAGGCAGAGACAAAGGGAGGCGAGGGGGGACUUCUUGAUGUGGUUAUCGACAGAACGCCGCACGCCGAGUCUUGGCCAGCGGAGGGCUGCCCGACGCCGGGGCUCCCCAUUCGGAGCGUCCUGCGCACGCAGGACGCAGGGCACGAAGUCCGCGGAGGGGCCUGCAGGCACUGCCGGUGUGACGAGACGGACGGAGGACAGGUGGGGGCAAACAAACCUACCUCGAGGCCCAGAUCAGAGGAGCUGCGCCGCUCCGUCGGGCCAUCCGGUCAGAACGCUGCGUACCAGCCUGUCGCGUCCCAUCCGCAGACGUGCCCCCGCGCACGGCGAGCACCCGUCUUUGACGAGCCACACGCCCAGGCGCGUCCGACUACGUGAGCUGAGCCAUGCUCGCGAGAAGCGUGCCCAGCCAUCAAAUCACCAUGACGCUGGAAGACGGCGCGGAGGGGGAGUGCUAGCGGCAAGGAGGCAGGAGCGCCUGGGCGGCAGACAACGAGCGGGCGGGCGGGCCUCCGACCGCAACACGGCGCGAGCCAGGCGAGGGGCGACGGCCCGCCGUCGGCGCGGUCGCCCACCGCACACCUCACAGCUUGUAGAGGGCCUCCGUGCCGGCCCCCGUGCUGCCGGACGGGCCGAGGCGGGCCUUCCUCCAGGGCAGCACGAGCGCCUCGUGCGACACCUGGCCGGCGGCGCCCGGGCCAGCGCCGGCGCGGAGCCCCCCGGGCGGUCGGCGCGGCGCGCGGAGGUCACGGCCGGGAAGCCGCCGCGGGCGCUGCCGCGCGGGCUGGGGGUCCUGGGCGCCUCGCGCGGGCUCGGCGGCGCCCCGGCGGGCGCGCUCGCCUCUGUCGGCACGAGUGGGGGAAGGCCAACAGAGUGCUGAAGGUCUGCAGCAGUUUACUGAGCAGGGACCGACCGUCCCGGCAUUCCUAUAGUCCUA